CAGAUCUACUCCUGCGACUUUCGGAAGAGAUGAGGUCAAGGGUGGCCUAUGACAAGGUUUUUGAAAAGAUUUGGGCUGCUUCAGGAGGUUGGGCCGUCAUCAUGUGUCCUUGUGGCAUAGUUUACAGUAUAAAAUGUAAUCUGCGAGCAGAAAGUCCACGGGAUUUUGCAGAUAUGCUUCUGUCUUGGAAGCAUCUGCCUAAUGUUGUUAUUUAUGACUUUGCCCGUGGACUGUCCACCCACACAAAUUUGAGGCAACCCAUAACUUUCACACCUUUCGAGGGAAGGUUACUCGAACCAACCACUGAAAAUAUUGCAAAAGCAAAAUCAGGAAAAUUACAGGUAACUCUGCCAUGGCUCACUGCAAAAAAGCAAAGUCCAGAUCCGGAUGGUCAUCCAAUAACUGGUUCUGCAGAACACUAUGUUCUGUAUGACCGCUUUCACGAAGACAACACAAAAGAUCCUCGUGAUUCACUGAGGAAGCUUCGUCUUGUGCCUCAACUAGCUGGCAAAGUUAACAGUCAGGCUGCAGAACAGCUUUUUUCAAAGCUAAAGAAAAAUAACUACUUUAUGAACAUGGCAUUGCCAUCCACACAUGUUUUCCUCAUGCGAAACAUCAUCCACCAUUACAAUGUCAGAAAAAACGAGAAACGUCUUCAUGACAUAAAAAAGGAAUUCAACACAAACAUUCACAUGAAUGACCACAGCCAGGUUGUGUUAGAAAAUCCAUCCUCCACAGAGAAAUGCAUGGACAUGUCACUUGGUAAUUUGACUGUUCUUUCCAGUUGCUCAGUGUCAAGUUUCUGUUCACUAAUUAUUAUGUGUUAUUUUCUAAUUUUGAUGCUUUAAUGUACUCUAAGGACCACUGACAGCACUGCCAAAAAUAU